AUGGGGCAUUUUGAUCGCUUGAAGAAGUACAACGGAAAGGAUAGGGAGGAGAAGAAAGACAAGAAGGAAACAAAAAAGGAAACAAGAACGGCAGCAGAGCUGGAGGAGGAACGCAGAAGGAAAGAGGAAGAAGAGAAAGAAGAGGAGGAGUUAGAGAAAGAAUGUGAAAAGUGGUGCAGCAUUGUGUGCAAGAUCCUAAUUGUGGUCCCAAUUCUCGUGACAUAUGUGCUUAUGCCGCUGCGGGAGCUUGUCCUAAGACCUGACAUGGCCAUAGAUAUGCCAAAUCUCAGUGGCGUGCGUGCAGUGGGGUGCCCAGUGAGAAAAGAGCAGGCAGAGGACAAAUGUCAGAACGCUUGCCAACAAGGAUAG